CGCAAACCUCAUGGACCAGUUGUCGUCAUUGUUUUUUGUUAGGAGACAAGUAUAAAUGACUCCCUUAAAAUUCUAGAGGAGGGUUCAGCUACCAGGAAUCAUCCCCUACCAUACGAGAAACAAGAAUGACUGAAGUGCAAAUCUCCACUCGUCAAGCAUAUCGCAGGACAGACGAUCAUACGCCCGGUACACCGAAGGUGAAACUCGUCACUGAACCAAUCCCCCUACCCCUUCCCCCAACGUCGGUCUUAAUCAAGGUCCAUGCCGUAUCCCUGAAUUACAGAGAUGCCAACAUCGCCAACGGCGGUAACCCUUGGCCGGUAGUACCGUAUGGUAUACCAUGCAAUGAUGCAGCAGGUGAGGUGAUUGCCAUAGGCGACAAGGUGAAAACCCUAGCGCAAGGGGAUCGAGUAGCGCCCAUAGUGGACACGGAGAACAUCACUGGGCGUGAGACGACUCGGUCUUGGUUAGCUGCGGAUGAGGAUGGGGUUCUGGCAGAUUAUCUUGUCUUCGACGAGGAGAAGCUAUGCAAGCUCCCGGCCUAUCUAGACUGGGUUGGCGCGAGCAUAAUCCCGUGCGCCGGAGUGACUGCAUGGACAGCGCUGAAGGAUGUUGGGAUUGGUAAAUCCGUGCUGAUUCAAGGCACUGGUGGUGUCAGUAUGUUUGCACUCAAACUUGCUCGGGCCUCGGGCCUGAAAAUCAUAUUGACUUCCUCGAGCGAUGACAAGCUCGAGAGGAUGAAGGAGCAGUUCUCCAGCCCACCGCUUUUGACUGUGAACUAUGCCAAGAAUCCUGAAUGGCACGAAGAGGUUCUGAAACUUACUAAUGGGGCCGGAGUCGACUUAGUUAUUGAGGUUGGAGGCACUAGCUCGUUAGUAAAGAGCAUGAAAUGUACACGACGCGGUGGAACAGUUAGCCAAGUAGGAUACCUCAGCAAGCAGAAUCCUAGCGAGCUAACAGAGCUUCUCUCUGUUUUAAUCGAUCGGAGAGUCAUCUUAAGGGGCAUCAAUGCUGGUUCCAAGCACGAUAUGGACGAUCUCUGUGCUGCGUUGUCUGCGACACAAAUUCAGUUCGAUGAUAUUAUAGACUCGAUCUACCCGUUUGACAAAGCUGGCGAGGCAAUUGAGUUUAUAUGGCAAGGGAAGCAGGUAGGGAAACUUGUGAUUCAGCUUUAGGUAGAAGACCACUGUACCCUGCUCCGGGAUUUCUAGAGAAACUAAGGGAGUGAGUUGCAAGUUCUCUAUGCUUCUAUGAAAGCUCUCUCAGAAUUUCUAGAUAUAUUGUAUAUCUUCGCUUUCUACUUGAACAUAUCAAAAUAAAUAAACCGUCAGUCUCGAAUAGUACGCAAUUUCCAGCAUAGAACUGUGC